AUGGAAGGUCACGCAAAGAAGGGCACUACGCAAGCCUCUCCGGCCAAGCCCGCCGCCACAGGCGUGAAGAACGACACGGCGGCCGUGCCCGACGAACGUGCGAUUUUGGCCAAGGUGCACAAAUUGGAAAAAUCUGUAACAGAGAAGGCACAAUUGGAUAACAUCCCCGAACUCCUCCGCACAUGCACGGAUGCUGCCUCCACCGCGACGGUGACCUUCAACACCGUGCGAGUGCUGCAGCGUGUCUUCAUGCACUUGGCGGCCAAGGAGGUGCUCGACUUGGGUGCCAGCGAGGACAAAAAGGAGGCGAACAAACAGCACCCGCUCAAGGCUGCCGCGCUGGGCCACUACAAGGCCUUCGUGCGGACCCUCAUCGCUCUUCUCCUCCAUCGGCACGACCAAGUCAAGACUUUGGCGCUCAAGGUGCUGAUGGAGUUCCUGCACAAGAAGACCACCGCUUUCAACGCGGCCAACAAAGAGAACUCGUUCCCGCUCAAGCACUUUGCCGUGGUCAUCGAGCGUCUGGUGAGCGAGAGCAAUGGAAAGGAGACGGGGCUGUUCAGUCAGUUUGUCGGCAAGUACCUCUCCAAGUAUGACGACAUUCGCUACUACACCCUCAAGUCCCUGCGCAUCCUGUGUGAGCAGAAGAAGUCGGCCGCCGAGCAGUCGCCGACCAACGACACGGUCCUGGCGAUGUACCUCCUGCUGCAGAAGGUGACCAUGCCCGAGUCCGAUCAGCGCAUCACGUCCUUCUGGAUUCCCGUCGAAACAAAGAGCCUGAGAGCGCUCUCCGCUCCCGCAGCCAAGCCGAAGAAGAAGAACAAGAAGUCCAAGGUGAGCGCCACCACGCCGCCACACCACAACAAAUGGGGGCGCACGAUCAGACAGCAUCUAACCCUAAGUUGCUCGCAGCUCAACGCGUACGAGCGCAUGGAGCAGAAGAAGCAGAAGAAGCGCACCCAGACCAAGAUCGCCAGCAAGAAGUCCGAUGGCAGCCUGGCCGUCAAGUUCGCCAUCGGCCACAAGAAGAUCUUCGAGGCCUGCUGGCUCGCCUUCCUCGCUCUCCCCCUCACCACCCCCAUCUACAAGGACAUUUUGCGCCGGAUGGACACGCAUAUUCUGCCCUACAUGGUGCAGCCCAUCCGCCUCAUCGACUUCUUGAAGGACUCGUACGAUGUGGGCGGCGUGGUGUCGCUCCUCGCACUCCAUGGCCUGUUCACCCUCAUCACCAAGCACAACCUGGACUAUCCGGACUUCUACAAGAAGCUCUACGCGCUGUUCCAGCCCAACAUCUUCCACGUCAAGUAUCGAGCCAAGUUCUUCCGCCUGGUCAACGUUUUCUUGAAGUCAUCGCACUUGCCGGCCUACUUGAUCGCCGCGUUCGUGAAGCGGAUGGCGAGGAUGGCCCUUCACGCCCCGCCUUCGGGAGCGCUCUUUGUGAUCGCGUUCGUCUACAAUAUGCUCAAGAGGCACCCGCAAAUCCAGAUCAUGCUUCACCACGCCGACGACCUCACAACCGGCGGCAGCCUCCUUCCCGUCGACACCAGGAAACCGACCGGCGUGAAGAAGAACGAAGAGGCCGUGCUCAUGCUCGCGCCCUCGGCUGAGGCCGCCGCUGCUCCCGCCAACGAUUCCGUGUUCAUGCUCGACAGCAACAGCAGCAGCAACGGAGCCGGCGCAGAUGGCAACAACAAGCGUAAGAGGGGUGACGAAGAGGAGGCGGUCGAGUCCGCCGAGACCAAGGUGGAGGGCAACCAGACGGCCGUCAAUGGCUCGGCAGCCCCGGUUGAGGAACAGGGCAAGAAGAAGCGAAGGAGGAGGGGCCGAGGGGGCGCCAACAAGCAGAACGGAGAAGAGGAGGGCAUGGACGGCGUUGAAGAGACCGACGCCCAGCCACCGGCAGAGGAGGAAAAGAACAGCGGCAAGAAGAACGUCAGCACCGGCCCGAUAGAGGAGAACGAGAUCGAGCUGGCCCGGUACACGCACAGCGGAGCGCAGGGAAGCGAUCCUUUCUCGUUCGAGGAGCUCGACCCGCAGAAGUGCAAGGCCCUCAGCAGCUCGCUCUGGGAACUCAAGACCCUGCAACACCACUACGUGCCGCAAGUGAGCAAGCUGGCCAAGAUCUUUGAUGAGCCUCCCGUGAAGCAGGCCUUCGACCUUGAAGACUUCAUCGAGCUCUCCUACCUCUCGUUGUUCGAGGCCCACGUGAAGAGGAAGACCAAGUCGCCGACUGCCCUGGCCUACCAGCCACAGGAGACCCUCUUCUCGGUCUCUGACUCCUUCCAGGCCGAUUGGACCUUUGCGUAA